GUGCCGCUCAGCGCCAGGGAGAUGGUGUGCAGGAUCGAUCAGGAGGAUGCAGCGCUUGGACCCGGAGAUGAAGGCGAGGUGGUACGAGUAUUGCGAUGCGCACUGCGAGGGGCGGUGGUACGACCCCGGCAAGCACGACGCAGCCUUCCUCGCUGGCUUCAUCGCCGUCCACGCCGACAGCAUCCUCGCCAGCGCGGAGCCUGGCUCCCACGACGAGGGGGACGAGGGCGACGGGGACGCAGCCGCGGAGGCGCACGCGCUCGACGGCGGCGUCGACCUCGACGACCUCGACGACCCGCUGGACUGGCUGAGGCCCGAGCCGGGCGAGGCGGGCGCGCUGGGCGCGGCGCCAGACCCCCCGGGCCCGCUCACGCCCGGCCGCCCCCCCUCCGCCUCCCCGGGCCUCUCGCUCCCGAGCGCCCCCGGCCUCGGCCCCGGCGGGCCCUCGCGGCCCCGCGCCCCCGACGGCUCCAAGUGGAUCCAGGUCGGCAACGUCACCUACUACGUCGGCGACCCGCAGGGCCCGCCGGGCGGGAGCGGGAGGGCGAACACGCCGUGCCGGGCGGGGCGCUCCCCCGCCGGCCGGACCCGCGGGGGCCUCCUUGGAGGUUCCCGCAGGGGGGAGACCCCGUGGAGCCCCAGCAGGGCCCAGUGA